AUGUCCAAGGUCGUGCGCAGUGUCAAGAACGUCACUAAGGGAUACUCCUCUGUGCAGGUCAAGGUCCGAAAUGCCACAAGCAAUGACCCAUGGGGCCCGACGGGUACCGACAUGUCCGAGAUUGCGGCCAUGACUUUCGGGAGCCCGAACGAGUUCUACGAGAUCAUGGAUAUGCUCGAUAAGCGUCUCAACGAUAAGGGCAAGAACUGGCGCCACGUGCUGAAAUCGUUGAAGGUCCUGGACUAUUGUCUGCACGAGGGCUCCGAAUUGGUGGUCACAUGGGCUCGAAAGAACGUCUAUAUUAUCAAAACCCUGCGCGAGUUCCAGUACGUCGAUGAAGAAAGCCGGGACGUUGGCCAGAAUGUUCGUGUGGCGGCCAAGGAACUUACUGCACUCGUGCUGGACGAGGAUCGCCUGCGCAGUGAGCGAUCCGACCGCAAGCUUUGGAAGACUCGGGUUAGCGGACUCGACGAGGGACACGGCAGCAGCGGCUUUGGCAACGAGCCUCCGCGCCGGGAACGACGGAGACGCCAGGGUUCCGAUGAAGACGACACCGAAUACCGACUAGCCAUCGAAGCCAGCAAGAACGAAGCCGAAGAGGAUCGCCGACGACGGGCCAAGGAAUCGUCAAACCAAGGAGAAGACGAUGAUCUGGCCAAGGCCAUCAAGCUUAGCCAGGAAGAAGAGGAGCUGCGCAGGCGCGAGUUGGAGCAAAACAAUGCGCAUGCGCUCUUCGAUGACACCACCCCGGCCCAAGUUCAACCCACUGGCUAUAACCAGGGCUACCAGCAACAGAACGCGGUAGACUGGUUCGGUAACCCGAUCAAUGCUCAGCAGCAGCAACCUAUGACGACCGGCUACCUUAACAACCAAUAUGCGCAACCCACUGGAUUCCAGAGCCAGCCUACUGGCCUGAACCCCUAUGGCGCCAAUGGCUACCAGCAACCCUCUGGCUUCGAUCAGAACCCCUACGGACAGCAGCAGGGCCUCCAGCCUCAGCAGACUGCAUUCCACAACAAUAACCCAUACGGAACAAACACCGAUCCUAUGGCGCAGAUGCAACAGAUGAACUACCAGCAGCAACAGCAACAGCCACAACAGCAACAGUCACAGGAGAAUUACUUAUCCGCUGGAAGCAACAACCCAUGGUCUUCAAACCAACCUGCUGAUGCCCUCAAGCCUACUCCAACGGGCUCGAACAACCCAUUCGCCGCCCGUACUCAACCCCAGUACAACAGCCAGCCACAGGCCACCGGACCGCCAUCUCUCAACACCCUCGCCGAGGAUCGCGCCACUAACCAAUUCAACAACCCAAUCACCCAAUUUUCUCGGACCAACCAACCUAGCCAGCCUAACCCGAUCGCCAACUUCCAAGCUCCCCAGCCACCCAAGAGCACCCCACCCUCCACAGAUCCUCACCAUGCUCGCCUGAACGCGCUCCUUUCAAGCGGCGAAGGCCAGGAUACCUUCGGAAAUGUUGGAGACUUGCGUAUCCCCGCGCAGCACACUGCGCCCGGCACAUUCGUUAACUCUGCUGGUCAAGGCUUGGACCGUCUGCAUGCUACUCAGACAGGCAACAACCCAUUCUUUGGUCAGCAAUAUACCGGUGUACCUCAACAAACCGGUUUUGCGCAGCAGCAACAACAACAACAGCCCAACAGCAACCCCUGGGGAGCCCAACAACAACCUCAGCGUGGUGGGGGCAGCCUGAUUGAUCUGUAA